AUGGCACGAAACGUAUUGUCCAAGGAUCAGUUUGUGAAGCUCAUCGUUGGAGCUGGUCAGGCCAGUCCCAGUCCGCCUGUUGGACCGGCUCUGGGAAGUAAAGGUGUCAAGUCCAUGGACUUUUGCAAGGAAUUCAAUGCCCGUACAGCUCACAUCAACACCGGUGUCCCGAUCCCUGCGCGUGUCACGGUCCGCCCCGACCGAUCCUUCUCCUUUGAACUGCGCACCCCGACCACCACUUACCUCCUGCUCAACGCGGCCAAUGUCGAACCCCGGAAGAACCGGCUGCGUGGUGCGAUGAAUCCUGGCCACGAUGUUUGUGGCAAGAUCUCCCUCAAGCACGUUUAUGAGAUCGCCAAGCUUAAGCAGACCGAGACGCGGUUAUCAGGCUUGUCCCUGGAGGGAUUGUGCAAGAGUGUCAUGUCCCAGGCCAAGUCCAUUGGUAUCCAGGUCGUUCCCUGA